CAAACUCACACUCACUCUCUCUCUUCUCUCUCUCUCUCUCUCAGAAAUCACACAAAUCUCAGAUACUUGACACUAAGGAGGGUGGAGAGGUUUUUGUUGUUAUCCCUUUUUUGACACCCAAAACCUGCAUUUCUCUCUCUCCAUCUCAGAUCGAAUCCACGGUAAUUCUUAUAUUUCUUUUGCAGCUUCUAGAUGUUUUCAUCACUCAGAUAACUAUAUGUUUACGGGAGGCAUUCUGGAGUUUGGUGUGUCAGAUGAUUUGUAGUAGCCGUAUUAUGCUCGGUCAGUGCCACUAUGGGCAUCUGUCUGAUGGAAUGGCAACGGUUGUGGCUUCUUUGCAUUCUACCGAUUUAUAUGCUAACGAGCAAAAGUAGAGCUAUCAGUCCUGAUGGUGAGGCACUUCUAAGCUUCAGAACAGCAGUUGUUGGUUCAGAUGGAUUCCUUGAUCAAUGGAGACCAGAAGAUCCUGACCCAUGUAAAUGGAGGGGAGUGACAUGUGAUUCAAAAACCAAAAGAGUAAUAUACUUACGUAUUCCUUAUCACAAACUCAGUGGAUCUCUAUCACCUGAUCUUGGGAAAAUAGAACACUUGAAGAUUUUAGCUCUUCAUAACAACAACUUCUAUGGGGCAAUUCCUUCAGAAUUGGGAAAUUGCACGGAUUUGCAGGGAAUUUACUUGCAGGGUAAUUACUUGAGUGGAUCUAUUCCCGGCGAAUUGGGAAAUCUAUCAGAGCUUGAAAAUUUGGAUAUUUCAAGUAACUCUUUGAGUGGAUAUAUCCCUCGAUCACUUGGGAAGUUGGAUAAGCUUGUUAAUUUCAAUGUGUCAACCAAUUUUCUGAUGGGGCCAAUACCCUCUGAUGGUGUGCUAAUCAACUUUACAGAAAGCUCCUUUGUUGGCAAUCGUGGUUUGUGUGGUAAGCAAAUCAACACGGCAUGCAAGGAUGAUGGUGCAGGACCUGGAACAAAUCCCCAGUCACCAACCUCAGCCCAAAAUCAGGCGGCAAGAAAGAAGUACUCUGGGCGGCUGCUUAUUAGUGCAUCAGCAACAGUGGGUGCGUUACUUCUGGUUGCACUUAUGUGUUUUUGGGGUUGCUUUCUAUACAAGAAGUUUGGUAAAAAUGACGGUAAAACUAUUGCAAUGGAUGUCAGUGGAGGUGCAUCAAUUGUAAUGUUUCAUGGAGAUUUGCCAUACUCUUCGAAGGACAUCAUAAAGAAAUUGGAGACUUUGAAUGAGGAGCACAUAAUAGGUUGUGGUGGCUUUGGAACAGUGUACAAGCUUGCAAUGGAUGAUGGCAAUAUAUUUGCUUUGAAAAGAAUUGUAAAAAUGAAUGAGGGCUUUGAUCGUUUUUUUGAGAGAGAGCUAGAAAUUCUUGGAAGCAUAAAACACCGAUACCUAGUGAAUUUGCGAGGUUAUUGCAAGUCUCCUACAUCAAAAUUGUUAAUUUAUGAUUUCCUUCCUGGUGGUAGCCUUGAUGAAGCUCUUCAUGAAAGAUCUGAGCAGCUAGACUGGGAUGCACGCUUGAAUAUCAUUCUGGGAGCCGCAAAGGGACUGGCCUACCUGCAUCAUGAUUGUUCACCUAGGAUCAUACAUAGAGAUAUAAAGUCGAGCAAUAUUUUGCUUGAUGGCAAUCUCGAGGCUAGAGUAUCUGACUUUGGACUUGCAAAACUAUUGGAGGAUGAAGAAUCUCACAUAACAACCAUCGUUGCUGGAACGUUUGGCUAUCUGGCACCUGAAUACAUGCAAAGUGGUAGAGCAACUGAAAAGACUGAUGUCUAUAGUUUUGGGGUCCUGGUGCUUGAAGUAUUGAGUGGAAAGCGACCAACAGAUGCGUCAUUUAUUGAGAAAGGCCUGAACAUUGUUGGCUGGUUAAAUUUUCUGGUGACUGAGAAUAGGCAAAGAGAAAUUGUUGAUCCACAGUGUGAGGGGGUGCAGGCAGAAAGCCUUGAUGCAUUGCUCUCAGUCGCUAUCCAGUGCGUUUCUUCAAGUCCAGAGGAUCGACCCACAAUGCACAGGGUGCUCCAAUUGCUUGAAUCAGAGGUCAUGACCCCAUGCCCAAGCGACUUCUAUGAUUCCAACUCUGAUUGAAAGCCUUGUGCAAAAGAUAACGGUAUGAAGUUCGCGCACAUCCUGCAGUUUCUUCCAGAGUUAGAGACAUAAUGCAGCAGUUAAAAGGUCUCAAAAUCUGCAAAGCUUUUCUUCGCCGUUAUAUUUGUUCAUUCUUUCUGCAGAUUCGAUGGUUAGUUCUGCUGCAUCAUAUAUGUCCAUUCGACCUCUUUCUGAGCAUCUGUUAGCAUCAAUGGAAACCAGGGCGCAUUUAGAUAAUUGCUAGCUGACUUUUCUUUCUCCACGUGAAUGAAUUUCAACAUGAUUUGAGUUAUUUAUUCAAUCCCCUCCCUCCCUUUUUCUUCUUUUCCUAAAUUGUAAUCUCCUUUAGCAUUUGUUCUUCUGAAUUGAAUGUAAAUGACAUUUGUAUAAAUUGGAAAUGUGCUCACUUUGCAAA